AGUGUCACGCCGGCCGCCCAAAGCGACGAACGCGUGCAUCUUCUCUAAGUAAUUUUAAUCCUGACUAUCACCGAGCUCGGUGAUAGAUACAUCGGUAUUCGGAUGUACUUUGAGUGGUUAUUACUUAGUGACAGUGAUCCGUAAUCAACUUUAAAUCUAAUUAUUCAAGUGCUUGCUUCAAAAUUUAAUUUCAGUAAACUACGUUCAUAAAGUCUAUUCUAAGAAACAACACAUGUUAGUUCGAAACUAUUAGGAUAAAAGAAGAGCAUCUAAUUCGAUUGCUGUGAAUGUAAUCUUCGUGUAGCUGCACUGUAUCUUAGUGAUCAUAAACUUCCAUUAGCAUAAUAAGAAAAAUAGUUAUUGAAUGACUCAUAUCUUAAAGUUUUAUUGGAUUAACUAUCUCAGAAGACUGAAGAUUUCCAAGGAGCAUUUAAAGGUUAGAGCCCCGUGAGCUCACCUACUCGUCUGGAGAAUCAAGUAUAACACCUCGAGGUUACUAGAGAAGAAUCGAGCCAACGCUAUACAGGCGACUUUUCAAGAACAUUUGCAUUUCUUCGAUGGAGCACAGACAGCAGUGCAGGAGCAUGGCGUGCAUAGAGAGGCUUGGGUGUUAAUCCAAAAUGGCCGUCGCUCGCGCGGUCCUAGUAUUGUUAGCGUCCACUGCACAGGCGUGGAUGCCCGACUCAAACGCACGAAUCCACGUGAAAUACGGCGAUGAAAAUUCAGAACAGUUCGUGGGUAAUGCAACGGCACCGGACCAUUUCCGAAUUUUAGACAGAGACGACUUCUCUAUUAUAGUUGGUGGCAGGAAUACUGUCUACAAUCUCAGUCUCUACGAUCUGUCAGAAAACGUUGAUCAGCGCUUAGAGUGGCAAUCGACAGAAGCACAUAAAGAGUUAUGUCAGCUAAAAGGAAAAUCUCCAGAUGAAUGUCAAAAUUAUCCCCGGAUUGCUGUGCGAGCGCACGGCCGCUUCCUCGUUUGUGGCACGAACGCUUUCAAACCACAAUGCAGGCGCUAUGGAAGACAUCCCCCUUACCGUCAUAUCGAUGAAUUUGAUGGGAGUGGCCGAUGUCCGUAUGAUCCUCAGCACAAUUCGACUUCUGUUUUUGUCGAUGGGCAACUCUAUACGGCCACGGCAGCGGAUUUCUCGGGCACUGAUCCACUAAUUUAUCGCGAGCCAGUAAGGACAGGACGGUCAGAUCUCUUGUUAUUAAAUGACCCGUCAUUUGUUGGAUCGGUUGCUUCCACCAGUCAUGCUUAUUUCUUCUACAGAGAAACCGCAGUGGAAUACAUGAAUUGUGGAAAGGCUGUUUAUUCAAGAGUUGCAAGAAUAUGUCUUAACGACAAAGGAGGCCCGAAUCGAUAUAGCGAUCAAUGGAUGUCAUUUCUCAAAGCCCGUAUGAACUGUUCAAUGCCUGGAGACUAUCCUUUCUAUUUUGACGAAAUUCAAGCUACAACAGAACUUAUAAAUGGUAUAUAUGGCAGUGGUAACAGUCGAAAUGACAUAAUGUACGCAGUAUUCACGACACCGCAAAACGCAAUCGGCGGAUCAGCGGUAUGUGCAUUUGCAAUGAGAGAUAUUAUAGAUGCUUUUGAGGGACUCUUCAAAGGACAAGAAAAUUGGAACUCAAAUUGGCUGCCCGUUAAAAAAGAGAAAAUACCUCAAACCAGGCCCGGUUCUUGCGUGGAGGACAGUAGGACUCUUUCCGAUGAAGUCGUUAACUUCGUAAAGGCCCAUCCUUUGAUGGAUAAAGCGGUACCGUCGUUUUUAGCACGACCUAUACUGAUUAGAGUCAGUCUGCAAUACAGAUUUUCCGCUAUUGCCGUUCAUCCUCAAGUUCAAGCAAUGAAUGGAAACAAAUACGAUGUAUUGUACAUCGGCACUGACGAUGGUAGAGUCAUCAAAGCUGUUAAUGUUGCCUCUAACGAAGGCGUUUUUGACGCGAGCGUAGAUGAGUAUAGCAAAAAUCCUGUGAGGACCGCAGUCAUUUCUGAAGAACAGGUUCUGCCUCAAGGUGUACCUAUCAAACAGAUGCACGUUGCUCUGACCACUGAAAAAUUGAUAGUGGCUUCGGGUGAUAUUAUUAAAGCUGUAACAUUAUCUCACUGCGGGAACGUGCAAUCGUGCAGAGAAUGCGUUUCAUUACAAGAUCCACACUGCGCUUGGGACUCCAAGGAACAACAAUGUUCAUGGGUUGGGAACAGACAAUUUCCGAAUCCUGAGAGAUUCUUACAAAAUGUAGAACAUGGAAAGACUGAUAUUUGUAAUAAGCUCCCCGCUCUGUUACCGGGUGAACGACAUAGCAACAGAAAUCCUGGAACUAAAAAACCUUCCUCCUCCGAAUCCGAAGCACGACAAAAGACUGAUGACAUUCAAAAUGAAAUUUUUAUAGAAGAAGUUUUAGAAACAAACGUUAUAGCGGAAGAGAAAAAUUCACACAACAAUAAACACGAAACCGAUUUGCUGACAGUAGAAGCAGCCGAUGGGAAUAUUUAUAGUGCACAAGCGCUCUUCACAGCCGUAGUGGCGUCUUGUCUCGUUACCCUCAUGGUUGGGUUUGUCUUCGGAUAUCUAUUUUCGCGCCGAUUUCGACACCCAUUUUUUUCCGAUUCCCCACCUUUUAAUGAACAACACAAUCAUUUAAAUAGAUUAAGUCCAUUAGAAACUCCAUUAAACGCAAACUCUGCGUAUCUCCCACCUCGAUCAAAAAACGUCAAUAUGGUAGCGAACGUCUGCCCUCUGGCAAAACAAGACAACUUGCACCUGGAGCUCGGCAAAGAGCGGACUCUAGAUUUACGAAAUUCCACCGAAUCCCUGGAUAAAGAUCUCAAGUGCGGCACUUUACAAAAAGUGAAAAAAACAUACAUAUGAGAAUUAUUAAGAGAAACUGUAUAUGGGUCCAUUACUAAGUGACUUGAAUAAUCAAGUGUGUGCCAAGUCUUCCGAUGUAUUCGGUCAAGACCGGAAUGUAAAUGUGUGACUAUUGUUUACGGUGUAAAUAUCAUAUUUAAAAUUUUGUGUGCAACACGAGACUGUUAAAGAAUUCGUGACUACUCAAGCAAUGUACUCGAACCGUGAAGAUUGUGAUUAAAUUUUGUCUAUGACUAUAAUUCAUUUAUAAGGGGGUACCUUUUUUUUUUUUUUAACGCUGGGGAAUCCAUUUACGGAUACCCGGUCGAGGGGGGUAACGGACCGGGUUAUGUCGGACUCCGGCGCCUCCUGAGAGGAAGAAGGGGAGAAGAGAAGGGCCGAGGUUAUAAGGGGGUACCUAGAGCAACCUUAAAUGGAAAACUGUACCUAAUUUUUUGAUCUUUUAUAUUUCUGUUGACAUGCUCAUACAACUACAAGUACCUACGUACUUACCUAGUCCUAAUUCUUGAAAUUUUUUUUAGAUAUUGGCAAAUUAAGAUUGAUUGAGAUUCAAUUAUAUUUUCUAUAAGAAUCUCAUUUCUCUCUGUUCGAAUUUCGUUUUCAUUUUUGAGGAUAUAUGAUUAAAACUAUACAAGACUACAUAGCGGAAAUUUUGUAAUAUUUUUUUAACGUCGAUUAUUUUAGGUACCCCGAUACAUUGCAAUCUUAGUUUAUUAAAUAUAGCUUAGAUUAGAACAUUGGAUGACAUUGAACAGAUAUUUGCAUUUCAGAAAUCAGUAAAUUUUUGUAGGUAACAAAAAUUACUCUACAAAUAUUACUCCGCCAUGUGUCCGGCAUAUCAAGCUAUAUUUAAUAAACCAUAGCAGCUGACAAUUAUUGUCAUUUAUAUGAUAAGUGCAUAUCGCUAAUGAAAAUUGGAAAUUUUGUAAAAAGAUACCUUACGUUAUUGUUGAUGCAUUCCAAGAAUUUUUUAUUCAAAUAAUGUUGCGGUGCAGCUAUUUUGUAAAUAUAAUUUAAUGUGUAUAUAACGACAUAGUUACAUACUGUUAUUAGAAUAAAUAGGGCUCAAAAUCCUAAUUUGACAAAGUCAAAUUCGAAGAUAUCUGUUCUGAUAUACUUACAAUUGAUGUAUAAACAAACUGUUAUUUAACAAUCUGCUGUAACAUGAACAGUACCUAAUGGACCACUCCAAUCACAAUUGUUAUUACAUAUGUACCUACGUAUGUUGAGUAGAAAGAUGUUAUGAUUAAACAAACACAAUAUAUAUUUUAAAACAUUGUUAAUUGAAAACUGCAGAACAUAAUACCUUAGUUUAAACGGCUGUAAUGCUAGUAGGUAUCGAUGUUCUUAUGUAGAUAUCAGAAAUUUUUUAUUGAGAACAAAAUGGCUGAGCUCAGCAUGUUUUUUUUAUAUUUUUUAUUGCUUAGGUGUGUGGACAAGCUCACAGGCCACCUAGUGUUAAGUGGUUACUGGAGCCCAUAGACAUCUACAACGUAAAUGCGCCACCCACCUUGAGAUAUAAGUCCUAAGGUCUCAGUAUAAUUACAACGGCUACCCCACCCUUCAAACCGAAACGCAUUACUGCUUCACGGCAGAAAUAGGCAGGGUGGUGGUACCUACAGGUGCGGACUCACAAUAAAGUAUUCUUACGAGUCCGCAGAGAAAAGCCCCUCAGAUUUACAAGAACAUCUUUUCAGAAUGUUUAAAGUUCACAAAGAACAACGGUAGUUACUGUAGCAGAUUUCAAUGAACUGUCGAAUGUUACAGCAGAUAUUAAAUAUAAUUUUAUCUUGUUAAAGCAUAUGCAACAUAAUAUCGUAUAUCGUAAUGCUGUGCUAAGUGCAUAGUGCCUUGUAGGUUGCCAAUUUAGUGCCUAAUGUUAUUUAGGAUACUGAGAAUAAAAUAUUUUAUAGCUUCAGACUAUGACUGUUAAUCAUGAUUUGCUUUGCUCUUUUGGAAUAAUUGAUCAUAUUUAAGUUAGUAAUAUUUAUAUUUGUAAAUCAAUAUUUGUACCAUUUAAAAUAUUUCAGAAUACAUAAUAAUAUUGUAUUACGUAAAUCUACAAAUGUACACUAUAGUAACGCAUACUUACUUUUUUUUUCAAGUAUAUCCCUAUUACCUGGAGCCAUUACCUAUAUCCAUGAUGCAUUUCCAAAAGUCACUUUUAAGUUCUUUUCUGAAAUGGAGUAAGAAAUAGCACUGCUAAUUUUCAUAGUGCUCUAACUGCUUAGAAUAAUCUGGACUGUAGGCUCAUGGUUACCUACGGUGGCAAAAUAGGUUGAAUUUUUUUAUGUAUUAUUUAUAUGAAUGACACAACCACCAGACAGCUAAAUCUUUAAGUUUUCCCACCGUAUAAUCAUCAAAGUGUCUUAAGUUAAGCAAGAAUAUAUAAUUUCUGUACAUAUUAGUAAUAGAGUAAUAAUAAAGUAAGUUGUAGAAAAUAAUGAAGUAUUCUUAAGAAUUCAAAACAGUUAUUAUUGAUGCUAAUAGAUUUUUUGUGUUUACUUACACAUAUGAUAUGCAGCUUCCGUUGUAACUUACAUCAGAUAUUGUAUAUUUUAAUUUCAUUUUUUUAGCAAUUUUUUAAACUUGAACAAAUAAGUAUUAAUAAAAGUGUAAAAUCUU